CCAAGAUGGUCGGCUACAAAUGAGUGGUCCAUGGGGUCGGGAUGUAACUUGGGGGUGACGGGAUCAGUAUACGACGGACCCGGCACUAUCUUCUUUAUUCCAACCAACUGCAGCAAAACGUAGUCUGCAACUCAACGGACACUACUCCAACAAUAGCCGACGAUGGCCAACCUCAUCGACUUGACGGAGGUCACUGCGUAUGCGGAGGACAACUGCAUGCCAGGCACCACAGCAAGAGCACAGCUCGGCUCGGUUAUGACCUGGGAUCUCACUCAGUCGUCCAGGGGCCCGACAGACACAGUCAUGUCUGACCAUGUCUCCCUGAGAGUGAGACCUCAUUCCUUCACCAAGGAUCAGCACCACAGGUCGGCGAUUCCCCAGACCGCGUCUGAGUUUACCAAUAAACUCCGCGGUCUGAUCGACAAUUUUUUUUUCUAUCUUCACUUCUACUCUUUGAGACUAAAAGAGAGCAUUCGAAAAAGCGGGUCGUCAUUGGAGAAUCAUAGGGGUCCUCGUGAGGGGGCUUUCUUUGAUGACCACGAACUCUGCACUACCGAGAUGGCGCGGUUUUUUUUCAAUCCCGCCCAAUCAUGACCAUUUCCUUCUCCGCAGUCGACUCCGUCCCUGCUUGGUGGGCGCCUCUG